AUGAGUUCUUAUUUUGUCAACUCCUCUUUCCCGGUGACGCUACCGGGAACGGGCGGAGGCGGGCAGGCGGCGGCGGCGGCGGAGUCGUUCCUGGGUCAGAUCCCGCUCUACUCCUCCGGAUACGCCGCAGACCACCCUCUCCGGCACUACCCGGGGGCGGCAGCCGUUACCGCCGCCGCUGUGGCUUACGGCGCCAGUGGUGGCGGCGUACACCAGGAGAAACCGUACCCGGCGUCCACUUACUACCAGCAGGCAGCCAACGGAGCGUAUGGUGGGCACCGGGCGGCGGCGGGGGUCAGCGUAGGGAGCGCGACCGCCGCCGGUGCCUGCGACUACGCCACAGCAGCGGCGGCAGCUGCUGCAGCUGCGGCCACAAGUUUCUACCGGGACAAGGAGCACCCGUGUAGCCUCGAGGAUCACCCGCUCGCGCUGAGCCAGGACGGCAUGCACCGGAAAGCUGAGUGUGCGGGACUGAGUGGGAAGGGGCUUUUUGGAGAAAUUGACGACAAGCAAGCGGCGUCAGCGCCCAUUUAUCCGUGGAUGCAGCGGAUGAACUCGUGCAACGGGACCUUCGGCAGUCCCGGAAGGCGCGGGAGGCAGACCUACACGCGCUACCAGACCCUCGAGCUCGAGAAGGAGUUCCACUUCAACCGGUACCUCACGAGGCGGCGGAGGAUCGAGAUCGCGCACGCGCUCUGCCUCACGGAGCGUCAGAUCAAGAUCUGGUUCCAGAACCGGAGAAUGAAGUGGAAGAAAGAGAACAAGCUGAUUAACUCCACUUCCUCCUCUUCCUCAACCUCCUCCUCCUCUUCUUCUUCAUCGUCUUCCUCCACGAUGAACGGCGGUGAGGAAGAGGAGAAACGGACGGAGUGAAAGUAAAAAAGGAGAAAGAAACGAUGAAAAAAAAUAAGCUGAUGUGACACACAGAAGACGAAGAGGAGGAUGGAAAUAUAUAAGACAUACUGAUUAAUCCUUCCCCUUUCCCCGUCUCAAAGUUCGUCCAGACGUGUGUGUGUUUGGUAUGAAAACUGGGAAACGGUAGCCUAUAUUUUCUUUUAUUCUCUUAUACUUUACCUGAGUAAAGCUGAAACAUGUCUAGCGGAAGGAAGAAGAGGAUUCUCCUUUUUUCCAAAGCCCCCUUUUUUCCCGGGAUACACCUAAAGUUCCAUCAAUUUGCUAAAUGAGCUGUAUUGUCUCUGUGUGGUCUGAAAAUUGGCUACUAAUUAAAAAAAAAAAAAAAAAGUUAUGGCUCUUCAGAAAAAAAACACGUGAUGGUGGAAAACAUAAAAAAUAAGAUCAUCCCAUGUGUAUUUAAAA